GUCCUCUUCCCGGGGGCUAGAGCUGCACGGCCUUGGAGCCCUCUGCCACCCCAAAGCCCGUUGCCGAGCUGGGUGAGUGGUCAGGCGGCGAGAGUCUCACCCCCGCCCGCCUGCCCACCCCAGGCCCUGCCCUCCUUGCUGACGAUGCUAAUCCCUGGCUCUGAGCCGCCCUGAUCCCUUGAUCCGUCUCAGCCCCCGGGAGGCCCCGGACGACCUGCCCAAGGACCUGGGGUCUCCUGGAGCCUGGGACGCCAGAGCCUUUAGCCCACCACUCUGGGGUGGGGAGAGACAGGGGAACCACGAGGCCGGCGUGUCCCCAGGACCAACGGCCAAGGCGGGGUGGGAGUUGGCAGGCCAGGCGGGAGGCCUGGCGCCCCGCGAUGCCGGCCGCCCCCGCGGAGGGCCAGCCCGUGGCCCUGAGCUUGGCAGAGAAGGCCGUGUGCAAAGUGGUAUACGGUGCCCCCCGCCCCCGCCCCCUGCUGCUGCCCGUGGGCCUGGAGCUAUGGCUGUAUGUGGAGAAGAUGCGUCGUCACCUGCAGAGGAAGAGGAUGGAGACCUCGUGCCUGGAGCUGGCCCUGGAGGGCGAGCGUCUCUGCAAGGCCGGGGACUUCAAGGCGGGCGCGGCCUUCUUUGAGGCAGCGGUGCAGGUGGGCACCGAGGACCUGAAGACUCUCAGCGCCAUCUAUAGCCAGCUGGGCAAUGCCUACUUCUACCUAAAGGAGUACUCCCGGGCGCUGGAGUACCACGGGCACGACCUGCUGCUGGCCCGGACCAUCGGUGACCGCAUGGGGGAAGCCAAGGCCAGCGGGAACCUGGGCAACACACUCAAGGUGCUCGGCCGCUUUGACGAGGCCAUUGUGUGCUGCCAGCGGCACCUGGACGUCGCCCGGGAGCAGGGGGACAAGGUCGGGGAGGCGAGGGCAUUGUACAACAUCGGCAACGUGUACCACGCCAAGGGCAAGCAGCUCUCGUGGAAUGCCGCACAGGACCCCGGGCACCUGCCGCCCCAUGUCCGGGAGCCACUGCGCAGAGCCUCCGAGUUCUAUGAGAGGAACCUGUCCCUCGUGAAGGAGCUGGGCGACCGGGCGGCCCAGGGCAGGGCGUAUGGCAACCUGGGCAACGCACACUACCUGCUGGGGAGCUUCGUGGAGGCCACGACCUUCCACAAGGAGCGCCUGGCCAUUGCUAAGGAAUUUGGAGACAAGGCGGCCGAGAGGAGGGCGUACAGCAACCUGGGGAACGCCCACAUCUUCCUGGGGCGCUUUGACGUGGCCGCCGAGUACUACAAGAAGACGCUGCAGCUGUCCCGGCAGCUCAAGGACCAGGCGGUGGAGGCACAGGCCUGCUACAGCCUGGGCAACACCUACACUCUGCUGCAGGACUACGAGCGCUCGGCCGAAUACCACCUUCGGCACCUGCUCAUCGCCCAGGAGCUGGCCGACAGAGUGGGAGAGGGCCGGGCGUGCUGGAGCUUGGGGAAUGCCUACGUGUCCAUGGGGAGCCCGGCACAGGCCCUGACCUUCGCCAAGAAGCACCUGGAGAUCUCCCAGGAGAUCGGGGACCGAAACGGGGAGCUCACGGCCCGCACGAACGUGGCACAGUUGGAGCUGGUGCUGGGCCGGCUGAGCAGCCCUGCGGCCGCGGAGAAGCCCGACCUGGCCGGCUAUGAGGCCCAAGGUGCCAGGCCCAAGAGGACACAGAGGCUGAGUGCAGAGACCUGGGGCCUGCUGAGGCUCCCCCUGGAACGGGAGCAGAAUGGAGACAGCCACCAGCUGGGGGAGUGGCGGGGGCCGGGCAGGGACAUGCUCCCUCUCCCCAUGAGGAGCAGGAAGUACCAGGAGGGGCUGGAGACCGCUGAGAGGCCCCGUGAGGGCGGCCACUCCCCGCUGGACAGCGCGGACGUCCGGGUGCAGGUGCCUCGCACGAGCAUCCCUCGGGCCCCGUCCUCUGACGAGGACGGCUUCUUUGACCUGCUGAGCAAGUUCCAGAGCAGCCGCAUGGAUGACCAGCGCUGUCCCCUGGAGGAGGGUCAGCCCGGGGCCGCCGAGGCCACCGCCGCCCCCGGCCUGGAGGAGAGGGUCGCCCGGCCCUCGCUGACGGCCUCCCCGCAGACCGAAGAGUUCUUCGACCUGAUCGCCAGCUCGCAGAGCCGCCGGCUGGACGACCAGCGUGCCAGCGUAGGCAGCUUGCCCGGGCUCCGCAUCACCCACAACAACCUGGGACACCUGCGUGCCGACGGGGACCCGCAGGAGCCUGGGGACGAGUUCUUCAACAUGCUCAUCAAGUGCCAGUCUGCCAGGAUCGACGACCAGCGCUGCCCGCCUCCCGACGUGCUGCCCCGAGGCCCCACCAUGCCUGACGAGGACUUCUUCAGCCUCAUCCAGAGGGUGCAGGCCAAGCGGAUGGACGAACAGCGGGUCGACCUCGCCGGGAGCCCGGAGCAGGAGGUCGGCGGGAGACCCGAGCCCCGGCAGCAGUGCCAGCCUGGCGCCACCUAAGGCCUUGUGACUGCAGCCAGGCCGGCCCCACCCCCGCUCCUGGACUCGGGGCCGGGGUGGGGGGGUGGGGGGGCGGAGAGCUCACGGUCAUCUGCCCAGAAGCCCGUUCCUCUGGAGGCCACGGCUGAGCACAGGCUCCGAGCCCUCUGGCCCUUUCCACUGUGGCAGACGCUGGGCACACAGCCCCCACAUCGGCUCCCUCCCAGGGUGGCAGGCUCAGGUCAGGGCUGCCCUGGAGGGUGGCUGUGCUCCUGUCCUAGAGCAGCCCCCGGGUGGUACACGGGCCUCCCGCAGGCCUGCCAGGCCUUCCCACUGCCCCAGGCCCAGCCCUCCCCCUGCCCCACGUCUAGCUCUCUCCCUGCCCCAGGCCCAGCCUUCCCCCUGCCCCAGGCCCAGCCCUUCCCCUGCCCCAGGUCUAGCUCUCUUCCUGCCCCAGGCCCAGCCCUCCCCCCUGCCCCAGGUCUAGCUCUCUCCCUGCCCCAGGCCCAGCUCUCUCCCUGCCCCAGGCCCAGCUCUCUCCCUGCCCCAGGCCCAGCUCUCUCCCUGCCCCAGGCCCAGCCCUCCCCCUGCCCCAGGCCCAGCUCUCCCCCUGCCCCAGGCCCAGCCCUUCCCCUGCCCCAGGUCUAGCUCUCUUCCUGCCCCAGGCCCAGCCCUCCCCCCUGCCCCAGGUCUAGCUCUCUCCCUGCCCCAGGCCCAGCUCUCUCCCUGCCCCAGGCCCAGCCCUCCCCCUGCCCCAGGCCCAGCCCUCCCCCUGCCCCAGGCCCAGCCUUCCCCCUGCCCCAGGCCCGGCUCUCCCCCUGCCCCAGGCCUGCAGCUUGUUGGGUCCAAACCCUCCGUGGCGCCCCUCUGCCCUGCCCAGCUCCCUCCUGCCUGGCAAAUGUGAAGAUGCUGUUGCCUCCCUUAAGUCCCCAAAGGCCCCUCUGACGGCUUUUCUGUGGGGCUUACCAAUGACACGGACAUUUCCGUCCUCCCAGAGGUGGUCCUGGGAUGAUGGAACCUGUUUGCCCCAGUCCCAGCCUCUCUCCCACAGGGAGGGGUCCCUCCCAGCCCUUCGGCCCUCCCACCUCCCUUCUCCACCUAGAGAAGGUGCGAGGUGGUCUCAGCCUGGAACCUGACACAGCAGCGGAGGCAGGCCAGGUGCCCCCACACAGAGCCACCAGGUCCUGGCAUUUCAGCCCCCCACCCCCAGCCGGCACCCAGUCUUGAACAGGCAGGGGCAGUGGAUGGGUGGGGAUGGGCUACACCCCUCAACUCCAAGCUCCGAGGCCCGGGGACAGAGCAGGACAGGACAGAGGCCCAGGACAGGGACCGCGGCAGGCCCGGGGGCCGGCGGCGAAAACUGGGGGGGGUCCAGCUCGGCCCAACCCUGGGCACCCAGCCCUCGCUGCGCCCCAAGCUGGGAAGGUGACAUCACUGCCUUCUAUGGGGAGGGUCCAGCCCCCACACAGCCAAGCCCACCCAUGGGAUUGCGCAGGAAAGGCCCCUGCCUUGGCCCGCCACCAGCCCUUCUGGAGAGCCAGCCCCGCGG